AUGGGAGCUGAGGAGCGUGCACAGAACUUGUUCAUUAGAUAUUCUGGGGUUUUGCUGAAAACUGCAUCGAAUGGCUCGUUCUUCAUGGACAUCACGGAUUUCCGUGACCUAGGCACCAUCCGAGCGAAAUCUGCUGAAAAUGUCAAAUUUAAAAAGCGCUACUUGCUAGAGGAAGUAGUCCCCUUGCUCAAGGACCUUGAGAAGUCUAACAUCAAGACGCAUCUUGAGUAUUUCAUUUCGUUCCACAACCAGAGUCGGAUUGCUGGCGCGCAUCGGGACAGUGUCAAUCUUGGCGACCCUUUAAACGGGAGAGCAUCAGGAGCCGACGACAAUGGCAGCGGAAUCAUAACUAUCUUGGAAGUAUUACCGGUCCUUCUAGGCUCAAGGGGUGAUCUCGAGGGCAAGGCGGAGAAUACUAUCGAGUUUCACUGAUACUCCGCAGAGGAGGGUGGAUUGCUUUUCAGUCAAUAUAUUUUUCUCGAGUAUGAGAAGACUGAGAGAGACGUUAAGGCUAUGUUACAACAAGAC